AUGUAUUGGUUCAAGAACCUGAUACGAUUGUCCUCCCCGGUCAAACACCAUUCCACCGCCAAAUUCACACCCACUCUAUUCUCUCUGCAACAUCUCCACCACUUCGCCACCGCUGGCGAUGCGGUUGCUCCUCCGGUAUCUGGGCUUGGGCCCACCAAGAAAACCGAAAAGCCAAGAGUGGUGGUUCUGGGUUCCGGUUGGGCAGGGUGUAGGCUGAUGAAAGGGAUCGACACCAGCAUAUACGACGUCGUCUGCGUUUCCCCUAGGAACCAUAUGGUUUUUACUCCUUUAUUGGCUUCUACCUGUGUCGGCACUCUCGAGUUCCGGUCUGUUGCUGAGCCGAUCGGCAGGAUUCAACCGGCGAUUUCUACCGAACCCGGUUCAUAUUUCUUCCUAGCUAAUUGCAAAGGACUUGAUUCCAAGAAUCACGAGGUGCAUUGCCAAACUAUAACAGACGGAUUACGAACUCUCGAACCAUGGGAUUUCAAGAUUUCGUACGACAAAUUAAUCAUAGCUUCUGGAGCUGAAGCUUCAACUUUUGGAAUCAAUGGUGUCAAAGAACACGCCAUUUUCCUUCGCGAGGUGCACCAUGCUCAAGAAAUCCGCAGAAAGCUGCUUCUCAACUUAAUGAUCUCCGAUGUUCCUGGUGUUUCCGAUGAAGAAAAGCGAAGACUUCUGCAUUGUGUUGUUGUUGGAGGUGGUCCUACUGGAGUAGAAUUCAGUGGUGAACUCAGUGAUUUCAUCAUGAAAGAUGUUCAUCAAAGAUAUUCUCAUGUGAAAGAUUACAUUAACGUUACCUUGAUCGAGGCCAACGAUAUCUUAUCUUCAUUUGAUGAUCGCCUUCGGGUAUAUGCUACUAAACAAUUGACCAAGUCGGGAGUUCGGCUUGUUCGUGGAACAGUGAAGGAUGUUCAACCUAAGAAGAUAGUUUUGAGUGAUGGAACUAAUGUUCCUUACGGGUUGUUGGUGUGGUCCACGGGUGUUGGCCCCUCGUCUUUUGUUCAAAAAAUGGAUCUUCCAAAAGCUCCGGGUGGAAGGAUUGGGAUUGAUGAGUGGUUAAGGGUACCAUCUAUGCCGGAUGUAUAUGCGAUUGGGGAUUGUAGUGGGUACCUCGAGAGUACCGGCAAAUCGACUCUUCCGGCUUUAGCCCAAGUGGCGGAGAGGGAGGGGAAGUACUUGGCGGAACUUCUAAACAAGAUCGGUAAAGCGGGGGGUGGACAUGCUAAUGGUGUUGGCGAUAUAGAACUCGGAGCUCCGUUUGUUUAUAAGCAUUUGGGAAGCAUGGCUACUGUUGGAAGUUAUAAGGCUCUAGUUGAUCUGAGGCAAAGCAAGGAAGCGAAAGGGUUGUCGAUUGCGGGAUUCGCUAGUUGGUUCAUAUGGCGUUCGGCUUAUCUGACGCGUGUGGUGAGCUGGAGGAAUAGAUUUUAUGUGGCAAUAAACUGGCUAACGACCUUUGUGUUUGGUCGUGAUAUAAGCCGAAUAUAAGCUACACCACAAUCGGUACAUUUAAGUUUUUUCUCAUCUUUUUGUUUGUAAUCAUUCUUUACAAAGAUGAAAAGGAUGC